AUGGGUCAAGGUUACUCUCUCACAACCUUGUCGGCCGGCGCUGCUGGCAUCGACGUCCCAGAGCUGGCCGACUUGACCUAUGAGAAGUCGCUCGGAAAUGCACGCUUCAUGAAGACAAUACGCGCCCGCCACAAGGAUGGCUUGGUCGUUGUGAAGGUCGUCAUGAAGCCCUUCAACAUGCAGCUGGAUGAAUACGUGUCUGACUUGCUGCAUGAGAGGAAGCUGCUUGCCGACGUGCCAAAUGCGCUGCCGUACCAUCGCAUCUUGGAGACCAGCACGAACGGUUUCCUAAUCAGGCAGUACAUGCACAGCUCGCUCUACGACCGCAUGAGUACGAGGCCGUUUCUGGAGAACAUAGAGAAAAAGUGGUUGGCCUUCCAGCUGCUCUGUGCCGUGAGAGACUGCCAUGCCCGGAACAUCUAUCACGGCGACAUCAAGACGGAGAACAUCCUUGUAACGUCGUGGAACUGGCUGUACCUAUCCGACUUUUCGUCCUCUUUCAAGCCCACUUAUCUACCCGAAGACAACCCCGCCGACUUCUCCUUCUUUUUCGACACGUCGGGCCGCCGCACCUGCUACCUGGCGCCGGAACGCUUCCUCAGUACCGGUAGCCAAGUCGACACCUCGACCAAGGUGAACUGGGCGAUGGACAUGUUCAGCGUUGGAUGUGUGAUCGCCGAGCUCUUCCUUGAAACCCCCAUCUUCUCGCUCAGCCAGCUAUUCAAGUACCGCUCAGAGGAGUACGAUCCUUUCAUGACACACCUCCAGAAAAUUGAAGAUAUUGAUAUCAGAGAGAUGGUCUCCCACAUGAUCAAGCUGGACCCAAACCAGAGAUAUUCCGCCGACGAAUGCUUGAGCUUCUGGCGGAACAGGGCGUUCCCAGACUAUUUCUUCAGCUUUCUACACCAAUACAUGUACUCCAUCACAGAUCCCUCGGCUGGUCGCGGACCCGUCACAGCAGGGGCUGAGAAUCUGGGGGAGGCGGAUGAUAGGAUUGAUAAAGUCUACAACGACUUUGAUAAGAUCACCUACUUCUUGGGCUACCCAGACGACUCGGGAAACCAGAAGCCUCCCAGCAGCAAAUUCACCCUCAGAGGCAACCUGUUUCCCCUUCACAUCGACAUACCAAACUACAGACACCAGGCAAACAGUGGACAUCUCACUGUUGACGAUGGCACGCUGAUCUUCCUGACGUUGGUUGCGGCUUCAGUAAGAAGCACGGCCAGGGCUACCGCUCGUAUAAGAGCGUGCGAGCUUCUUCUGGCUUUUGCAGAACGUGUCACAGAUGAGGCGAAGUUGGAUCGCAUCCUUCCUUAUCUGACAGCUCUGCUUACGGACAAGACCGACCUUGUUAGGGUCUCUGCCCUCAGGGCCGUGACCCAAGUUCUCGCGCUCGUCUCCGUUGUCUCGCCAAUCAAUGCCUAUGUCUUCCCGGAGUACAUCCUCCCGAGGCUAGAGCCUUUCCUCCCGGGCCACAAAUCGAGCCCAAGCCCGCUUCUUCGCGCAACAUAUGCAUCUUCUCUUGCAACUCUGGCCACCACCGCAUCGAGAUUCCUUGACAUGAUGCAGGCUCUCAGAGCUGAUGGCUCGCUCCCAACGAAUGACCCAGAGGCAGAGGAAGACAGCAUGAGUCGAUCCGCCUAUCAAACACUCUAUGACAUUUCGCGAGAGGAUCUGGUGGCCAAAUUCGAGGCACAAACCAAGGCUUUGCUCACGGAUAACGACCCUUCUGUUCGCAGGGCUUUUCUGGGAUCCGUGUCUAGCCUUUGCGUCUUCUUUGGCAGCGCAAAAGCGAACGACGUCAUCCUCAGUCAUCUAAACACCUAUCUGAACGACAGGGAUUGGAUGCUGAAGUGUGCAUUUUUUGAGACGAUUGUCGGAGUCGGUACCUACGUUGGUGGGGCCAGUUUGGAAGAGUUUAUCCUUCCGUUGAUGGUGCAGGCACUAACAGACCCGGAAGAGUUCGUGGUCGACAGGGUUUUGAGGUCACUUUCGUCUAUGGCUCAGCUGGGACUGUUCCAACGCGCACGGAUAUGGGAGCUGGUUGACAUAGUUGCACGUCUCACCAUGCACCCGAACAUUUGGAUCCGAGAAGCAGCCGCUCAAUUCAUUUCCUCGGCGACGACGUAUCUCUCGGUGGCCGAUACCCACAGCAUCAUACUCCCUCUUAUCAGGCCCUAUCUCAAAGUCUUACCUUCGGAUCUCUCGGAGCUCAAACUGCUUGACUCCCUUAAGAAGCCUUUGUCGCGACUUGUGCUAGACAUGGCCUACACUUGGGCUACCAACACAGGCAAGGGCGUGUUCUGGAAGUCUGCCCAGCAGCAACGGACCUUUUCGUUCGGAUUGUCUGAUGACGCUAUACCAAGUAUGUCCGGUCGAGAACUUGGACCCAAGGCGCUGAGCAGGAUUCCAAAGAACGAUGAGGAUGAGCAGUGGCUGAAGAAGCUUAAAAACGGGGGAAUGGGGACGGACGACGAGUUCAAGCUACUCGCUCUCCGUGAAUACAUUUGGCGGGUCUCUCAUCGCAAGAAGCAGGAUCCUACGGAUACACCUCAGGCUAGAUUCAACACAAUACUGCCGCUCAAGGACCUUGGAAUUACACCUCAGACUAUAUUCUUCGACCACAAGCAGAGCUUGUUCGAUGAGGUAGUCGCCGAACGGGCAGCGAUUGACAAUGCUCCGCACACAAUAGCAGACGCUCUUCGUGAUGCAUCGACAGAUGACAACAUCCCCAGACGCCGGCUGUCUCACAUGAACCACCUGGAGCGCCACGGGAGUGCUGAAAGACCAAUCCCGCGGAGUGAUGCGCGUAUGCCCGGACCCUCUUUUCUCUCUCAAAGUCCCACCGACGGACAAGCACCGCGAACUAUUCAAAUACCCAAGACUCGCACGAUGGAUCCGGACGCAUUAGACUCACCGGCUUCGAUUACGUCAAGAGCAGAGUCGCGAUUUGGUAUCCACGAGCACUCCAUGCGCCACAAAUCGAGCGCUAUGAGUUUGAUGCACAAGCGGGAGGGUAGCAACAAGGCACUUCCUGAGAUUAGCACCACUUCGGCCAAUGCAUUUGGGCGCGUGGACAGCAUCAGUACUCCUAAAGAUGAGGUACCCACCAGGGCAAAGUCACCAUUUGCCCUAGCUCAAGAACAACAUCGUCAAGAUCCCGACAAAAUCAAGUUCCAAGCAGCGCACUCGUAUACGGGCACCGACCCGACCAUUCUCAAACUCCUGGACGCGGUUUAUCUAGAGAACUUCCCAGUGGACUUUGUCGAAUUUGGCCCCAUGGUGACGCCUAUCAGCAAAAGACAACCAAUCAAAAGAGGAAAUGGCCAGACAUCGCCAUCCAAUUGGCGACCCGAGGGUACCCUGGUAGCAAUGCUGGGCGAGCACACCGGUGCUAUAUCACGCGUUCUCGUGUCCCCUGACCACGCAUUCUUCAUCACUGGUUCGGAUGAUGGCACUGUGAAAGUUUGGGACUCCUCAAGAUUGGAACGCAACGUCUCACACAAAUCCAGAGGAACAUACAAGCAAGGCGAUGGAAUCAAGAUCACUAGCCUCUGCUUCAUCGAAAACACACAUUGCUUUGUCAGUACCGGUAAUGAUGGCAGUGUACACGUAGUGAAGGUCGACUACAACGAGGUUCAAAACGCCAGUGGAGGUAACAUGGGCAUUCGUUACGGCAAACUCAAAGUACUUCGCGAGCACAAUUUGCCGCAAGGCCAAUUUGCCGUAUGGUCCCACCACUAUAAGCUGGAGAACCAAUCCGUCCUUCUCCUUGCAACCAAUACCUCGCAGGUUCACGCCCUCGAUCUUCGCUCGAUGAACACAAUGUUCACCCUUUCUAACCCUCUCCACCACGGUGCCCCUACUUGCUUCGUCACCGACCGCAAGCAUCACUGGCUCCUACUGGGCACCACUCAUGGCGUGCUUGACCUCUGGGACCUGCGAUUCAAGAUGCGCCUACGCGCCUGGUGCUUCCCUGGUGGUGCCCCAAUCCAUCGCAUCACUAUUCAGACCGUCAAAAUGUCCCGCAAACCCAAGUUCAUCAUCGCAGGUGGCACUGCAGCUGCCGACAUCACAGUCUGGGAUCUUGAGAAGCUUAUCUGCACUUCGGCUCUCCGCACCUCAGUGUUCAAGGAAACAUCAACGAAUCGCCAUUACACUUUAAUUGAUCUUGAUGAUGACUUGCAUCAGCGCGGCGGGGCCGGUGGAAGCAACACACACGGACCUGGUGGCAUGCUGCUCGGGCGAUUCGCUGCUUCCAUCGAAUCUAGUAGUGUUGGACAUGGUGGCGGCACUGAUCGCAGCGUGCGCUCGCUCGCUCUCGGCUCCGACGACGGGAACGAUUUCCUUGUUUCGGCUGGAUCGGAUUGGAAAGUGCGGUUUUGGGAUCUUGCAAGACCGGAGGCGUCCAACGUAGUAUCAGGACUCGAGAUGGAGGAGAGCAAGCCGGUCUACACGGUGCUGCCACCAGCUGCGCCUAACCCGGAGACAACCAUCGUGCAGGAACGAAUCUUCCGUCCAUCGCAGGGAACGGGCCCAGAGAGUAAUGGCGACUCGGGCAAGGGCAAGAGUGCUGCCGGCACAAAGGCGGGAAGCCCGGCGAAGAGGGGCAGAGAAGCGACGGCUGCCAGGGGCGGUAGGGACACUCUGCGGAGCCUGCAGCAGCAGCAGUUGUUGAAGGGACAUCUGGACAACGUCUCGGACGUGGCGGUUCUGGAACAGCCUUACGGCAUGGUGGUGAGCGUAGAUCGGGCUGGCGUAAUCAUGGUGUUUCAGUAG